AGAAAUCAACGGCAGCAGGAAAAGUACCAAAAUGAAAGAAGUGGACAAUAUAAAAACUGUGAAGGAUGAAUGGAGGUGUAAAUCUGGAACUGAUGAUCAGAUUCUGAAUAGCACAGAUCAAAACCAUGACUAUUUUGUAGAUAAGCUUUUUGAAGAAGCUCAGAAAGUUGGUGCAAUAUGCAUGCCCCCGGCUACAGUCAAGAAUCAGGUUGAUAUAAUUAUUAAACUUUGGAAAAACGGAUUUACGGUAAACGAUGGUGAACUGAGGAAUUAUGCUGAUGCUGCAAACCAGCAGUUCCUGGACUCUGUUAAAAAAGGGGAACUGCCUUUUGAGCUACGAAAAAUUUUUGAUAAGGAGGAAGUAGAUGUGAAAGUGGAAGACAAGAAAGAUGAAUUGUAUUUAUUGUCAAGAAAGCCACUGUUCCAUCCCUUUUCUGGCCAUGGUUACAGAUUAGGAAGUGCGACUCCAAGGAUUAUUUCUAAAGUAACAGAUGACCAGCAAGAAGCUGACAGCAAGAGACCUCUUCCGUUUGUGCCCUUAAAUGACUUGGAGCCUAUCACGAGCAUCCAGAUCUGGUUAGCUGAUGGAAAAAGGAUAGUUCAGAAAUUCAAUGUUUCUCACAGAAUAAGCCACAUCAGAGAUUUCAUCACAGAAUACCAAGGAUCACAGGGAAGGGUUCCCUUUACACUGACUACUUCUCUGCCCUUUCAAGAGCUGCGGGAUGAGACGCUCUCACUCGAGGAAGCAAAGUUGCAAAAUGCUGUUGUUGUUCAGAGACUUCAGAAAACAACUGAGCCUUUCAGAACUCGUAGAGAAAAAGCACCCGAGAGUGACUGUGAAACUGCUGCUACACCUGAAGGACACCUCAAGAAAGAGCCAAAUGGCGCAAUCCAAAGCAUGAGCGCARUUUAGACGUUAACUUGCCAAAAGCUCCACACAGACAAAACUAGACAAAACCAAAAAUGUAACCAGCAAUAUCUGGAUGCACUAUGAUCCUCACUUAGUUGCACUCUUAGCAAAAAGUGUGCUGUGCUAUAAUCUGCUAAAAUAGAAGUAUUUUCUAUUCAUUUCUGUGGUCAGAACCUGGCUAUAAUGUAGCAGAGAUAACUAUACAGCAAAGUCCUCUUUAGAACUUCCUUAGGUAGAUAAGCUUUGCCAGCCUGUCCUUCAAGGAGUGUCUAGAUGAAAUGGUACUACUGUAAGACUUUGCUACUACUAAUAGCACCUUGUAAGGAAAACUUUAUUUAUUUUUGCACUUUGGACUGCAAYGAGACUAAACUGUCUGGUUUUACUUACUUUUCAGUGUAAGCUGCUUCAGUUUGCAUUCUUCUUACAGUAAUGUUUAGGCAAYAGAUGCUGCAGGGAAGCUCACAUAUGAGCUCUAAAUAACUUGAAAAUAUUCUACAGUAUUGAUAUCUUUAGGAUUUAAGUACUACAAAAUCAGUAUGUUUAGGAUUAAACUUCUACAGUGUGAAUGUUCCAUUAAGUUUUCAUGUGGUAGGUGCAUGUGUGAGAAGAUAAAAACGAGGUAGUCUGGUGCAUGCUGCUUAUGAAGUGCCUCAAAAUUAGGCAUUAUUACUAAUGGCUGAAGUGGUUUCUGCCUCCCUCGUGUUCUGCCACAGGUGUUUUUCAGGGUGAUGUUAAACUACCUAAUUCACUAGAAGGAAUAGAGAACCACUGCUAGUCUUUUCUCACCGAAGCUCUUCUUUUCCUGGGGUUUACACCAAAGCUUCUCUUUUUCUGGAGUUUACAGGCAUGCUGGCUUAGAGGAAUAUAGCUGUUUCUGUAUUACAUAUUCAUUUUUGUCCUCAAACAGCCAGCUGUGGAGUGCACUAAGUGCAUGUGCCCAUGUUUCAGAGAUGUUCAAAAUCUUUAUUUGCAAGUCAGGGUUUUUCCCAUGCUAUCACCUUCUCUUUUCAGCCAGUUCUUAUUUCACUGUUUUUUAUUGUGUGGGCAUAAUAUUUGGAGCCAAACCCUCCAAAUUUUGCUGAAGGAGAAAUCAACAUAAAGGCURAAUAUCCUGAGGAUUGUACUUGCUAAGUAGCACGUGGGUUUGUGAAUGGGACUGAAGUCUCUGGAUAAGACUGCCUGGGGCCUUCAAUGAAUGGUCAUUGGUUUAUGCUACCUGAACAAAUGUUGUCAUAUUUCCUCUGUUUGGUUGACUGAAAGAYGGGUUUGCGGUUUCUUUGUUUUGUUUUAAAUGAAGGUGACUUAUUGGAGUGACUUGAAUUAUUUCUAAAACCCUUGUUACCUCAAACAAGAUCUGCGCUUAAUUUAUUCAUAGGAUUGUAAAACUGUAUUUUGCUUUAGCAUCUCUCCAGGUUCACAUGAGGGCAGUGGAUGAAAGUCAACUGCACAAGUGUCCAUUGAGUGUAUUCAAAACUAGAUAGUUCUUUACAGAUAGUUUAUAGCAGUUGCUGUGUCAUUCAACUUUAUAUUGCUAGUAACACAACUAAAUUCUAGUCUACCAGAUCUCUAGUAGUAGGACCAGUCAAAUAUACUUUGAAAACUGAAGAGACAGCUCAUGUACUGAGCUCCAGUUCUUAGUUUGCAGAGCUUUCUGAACAGUAAAUUUUAUUAUCUAACGCCUCUGAAUCUGUUUUAAUAUGAAACCAAGUAUGAGAGAACCACAAAUGGUUGAUAAUAAGUUCA